AUGAUUUUAUAUUCAUCAGUGAUUGUGAAGUUACAGGCAAGAGAGGUGGUCCAAGCUGAAUCAAUGAAAUGCCCGGUCACCGUUUGUGGAGAUAUCCAUGGUCAGUAUUACGAUCUAAUAGGGCUGUUCCUGUUCCACAUUAGCGGACCAUGUCCUGACACAAAAUACCUUGUCAUAGGCGACUACGUCGAUCGUGGCUGUCACUCCGUCGAAUCUGUAUCUCUCCUCAUCGCCCUUAAAAUCCGCUACCUGAAACGUAUCACGAUCCUUCGUUUAGGGUUCUAUGAUGAGUGCCUUCGCAAAUAUGUUAGUACGAAUGUUUGGACAUUUUAUAUGGACUUAUUCGAUUACUUUCCCAUUACCGCCCUUGCCAAGAACCAGAGUUUCUAUCUGCAUGGAGGGCUAGGCCCUUCUAUUAGUACACUCGAUGAGGUCCGUGCUAUUGGUCGAGUCCAGGAGCCCCCUCAUAGUGGCGCUAUGUGUGACUUGCACUGGGAGGCACUUAGUCAUGCCAGUGGUAUGAGAUUUGUUGCUCGGGCGCAUCAGAUGGUGAUGGAUAGGUAUUUCUGGCCUCAUGAUAGACAUGUGGCCACGGUUUUCCGCCCCAAACUAUUGCUACCGCUCUGUGGCAAUCAGGCUGCAAUCAUUGGAAUUGACGAAAAUCUCAAUUACAAGUUCAUCCAGUUUGACCGUUCCCCAAGAUAUGGCGAGCCUAAGGUACAAAGAUGGACACCGGAUUACUUUCUGUAG